AUGACUUUUAGAGCAACCUGUUUGCCCGUAUGUGCUCAAUUCGUAAAAAACUCGAAUGCUGAGAAAUUUUCUACGAAUCCAGACAUCCCAACAGCUAUUAUCAAAAAAUUCUAUGUUGAUGACUACUUGGAUUCAGAAGACACUGAAAAAAAAGCACUAAAAACGAUAAUAGAAGUAUGCAAAGUCCAGAAGGUUGCGGUAUUCGAAGUAGUCAACUGCAUGACAAACUCCCAACUGAUUCGAGAUAAGCUAUCUGAUGAUAUGUUACUGGCGGCUACAAAAAAUAUCGAUGACACUUUCUCACGUCGAAUAUUAGGCUUAUUGUGGGAUCCCGGAAACGACGAAUUUUCCUUUAGACUGACUUCAGAAAACUUAGUGGCGGAACAAUCUACAAAGAGGAAGGUUUUGCGAGCUUUGAUAUCGGUAUACGACCCCCUAGAUUCGAUAUCUACUUUCACGGUGAGAGGUAAGAUACUGAUGCAAGAUAUUUGGCGAGUAAGAAUCGAUUGGGAUGAUUUGUUACCUGAAGAACUUCUCAUUGCUUGGGAAGAUUGGUUCAGUGACAUGGAGAAAAUCGUACAGAUCAAAAUUCCAAGAUGCUAUAGUCUAUUGAUUCCAUCAGCAUUACGAAUCGAAAUUCUCACAUUUUGUGAUAGUAGUGAGAAAGCAUUCUCAGCAGCUAGCUUCCUUCGCGUCAUUGGAGAAUACAGCACUGAUGUUUGUCUUAUCUCAGCGAAAACGAGAGUUUCUCCUCUGAAACCUCUUUCCAUCCCUAGGCUCGAACUCCAGGCGGCAGUGAUGGACAGUCGGCUGGCUCAUGUAAUAAAGAAUGAACUCGAGUUCCCCAUAGAUGAAAUGUUUUUAUUGGUCCGAUUCAUCAUGUGUCUUGAAUUGGAUACGAGGAGACGGAAGGAACUACAAACCGUUCGUAUCACAUCGAAUCGGUGGAAUUCAAGAAUUGACACGUAUAGCAGAAUGGCGAUGGGUCCCAACUGA